CGUCCGUCAGUGCGUGUGUGACAUGGCUGCGAGGCGCUACGGCGACCUAGACGCCCUCCACCUCGCGAUGUGAACACACCCGCAGUCUCCUCGAACGAUCCUCCACGUAUCCCACGUAAUCACGCUAUCGGCGUCGCGACGCGGCAUCCUAAACAACGUCGUAUCGACCACCUUACUCCACUUGCCCGGAAACGAUGCCUACAACGUGCGCUUAAUCGAUCGACCAAAUCACGGUUGCACGACAACGACCCGAGUGAACGAACCACUUCCGAUCAUUGAAUCAUCGAACUCGUUCGCGUGAAUUCUGUUUAUAUUUCGGGGACAGUGACUUCGAGGAAGUAAAUUCUUCCGGGUACUCUUGGCUGACUUAAUUUUCUUCAAGUCGUCGUUGAACGGGAUGAAUGAACUAGAUUUUUACAAAGUGACGAAUCGAAUUGUCGAACUAUCAGGAGGUCGAGAAGUGGAAUUUCGAGAUGGUUGUGAAGUUUUUAGUGAACAUUGUUGUUCGGAGUGAUGUGUGAUCAAGUACAGUCGUUGAAGCGAACCAUAUCUAAGUAAGAAGUAGAACAUUGUGCCUAGCUUAAACGAAAUUAGAGUGAAUAGGAGGAACGUAUCAUUCCUGAAGCGAGGCACAGUUGCAUUCCCUCGACAGAAGUCGUCGAGCAGUUCCAAGCCUAUCUCGACGUUGUACAUAAAUGCUCACCGAUUGUGGACCACGAGGGUGUACUCCUUUAAUGAACUUUCUUAGGCUACGUUAAUACCUUUAGAAUUCUAUGACGUGGAUGUAUAAUCGCUAGGAUUCUUAUCAAUAUACAUACGACCUUGUGAAUUCAGAAGUACUCUUAGAAAGAGGUGUCUUUCAAGAUAAUAGCUGUGGAUCGUUAGAGUUCCUUGUAAUUAUUCUUAAUUAUCAACAUUUAUCCACUGAGACUAUUAUUUCAAAAGAUUUAAAAACGACCAUAUGACUCUUGUCCACCUGAAAGUACCUUUGGAACAGUGACUUUCAAGGUUGGAUCAUCCGAUGAACCAUUAGUGUUCCUCGUCAUCAUCAUCGAUACCCUGCUGCUAGGACUAGUGAACAUUAUCCUCCUUCAACACACAGGGAACAUGUCCUUGAAACAGUGUUCUUCAGGAUCGUAGCUGUGUCAUCUGGUGGGUGAUCAGCGAUUAUCGCGGCGUGUAUAGAGGCAAAGGAUCGUACGUCGCGUCUGGUGAUGAACAUGUCAGCGACGGAUUGGUGGGUUUCCGGUGGUGUUAGGGGUCUCUCGGUGAUGGACGUUAUCCGCGAUUCUCGUUGAUCCGUGACCAUAAGCGCCAAUGAUCGAACUGGGCAGUGCGUGUAAUCCGCUGGGCCGCGUGUCAAGAUCGUUUCGGCUGUCGUAGCUUGACAACCGAUUGGACGAGUUAUGUCGGGCCAGUGACGCGAGCAAAACUUUGGAGAGAGGCCGAUGCGUCUGUCGACGAAACGGUGGCUUCUACUCCAACCGAGUGAAGAAGAAGAAGACGAAGAAGAAGACGAAGAAGAAGAAGAAGAAGAAGAAGUAGAAGGAGGAGAAGAAGAAGAAGAAGAAGAGAGGCGUGUUUGAGAGGAGCGCGUGCAGCUCUUGUCUCUCUUUUCUUUUUUCCUCUCCCUCUGUCGUGAUCGUUUGCACGCGUGCAGCUCCCUGUGGCGUGCACGUGCGUGGCUGCAUACGUGCGUGCGUAUAGUGCAGGAACCGACGAUGGAAUAUCGGUGAGGUCACGAGGUCACCGCAGAAUGCCUGAGCCGAGGGCGAAGCGCUGUAAACACUGUGACGAGUCUGGCCACAGGUUGGACAGCGGCUCCCCGUUCUGGAGGAUUCAACUGGAUCAGGAUCUUCUGGACACCAUCAGCGCGAUAUACCCGGAGUGGUUUAAGGACUAUACUAACAGCCGUGCCUCGACCUCAUCUUCGUCGAGUACUUCCGGCGCUCAGUUGAACAACGAGGGCAUCGUGGCCGGCGACAACAGCGUUCUCCUUGAGCACAAGGUCGUCAAAGGUGAUUCCAAAUCGAAAUCCAAGGCGAAGAAGGUGGAGAGCAUCAAGGACAAGGAGAGGGACAGGAAGGAAAGCAGACGCGACUCCAAAGACGAGAGGGACGCUGGAAACGGUAAGAAAGGAGGCAGCAAGCCGUCGCCGCAGCUGGACAAAGCGGCGGACGUGGCAGGAAGGAAGACCACGGCGGGUGUUCCAGGAUCAGACGCGGAGAUGGCCGAGGGUAAUCAGUCGCCGCCGAAGGCGGAGGUCGACGACUCGCCCCUUCAACACGCCAUGGAUCGCAACAAGGAAUCGUUGAAGGUGAAGCUUAUGCUGAGGCGACCCAUCAAUCAACUAGUCGCGCAAGGCAUCAUGCCGCCCCUGAAGACACCGCCGGCGUUCCACGAGCAGCGUAAACAGUUGGAACGAGCGAAAACUGGUGACCUGUUGAAGGCGAAAAUUCAGCAGAGACCAGGCAGGGAGGAGCUGGUUAGGCAGCACAUCCUUGAGGAUGUGGGUCACGUGGAUCCGAGCCUGGCCGAGAGGCAACGUAUGCUGAAGAAGGCCAGGUUAGCCGACCAGCUGAACGAUCAACUCAGUCAUCGACCCGGACCGCUCGAGCUCAUCCAGAAGAAUAUUCUGCACACGGAGGAGCCCAUUGAAAGGGCGGUCAAAGAGGGUCACAUUCCCUUCAAGGCGACCUGCGAAGGCCAGGUAACCAAGCCUCAACACCCGGACCAUUACAUCACCUUCGAGGACGACUCUCAGAGUUCCGAGGGUGCACCCUCCCCGCAGCUGGAGUCCCGGUCGGACGUUCUGGAAACGGCGGCUGCCUCUGCGGGCAUAGUGACUGUUUCUCUUAGUAUUCCAACGACCGGCGGUGCGGUGGUCGUCUCCUCCACGUCACCGGUGUUCCAGCAAGCGUCCGGCGAGUCGACGAUACAGACGUUCGCGGAAUUGUGCAACACCGUGGUCGGUUCUCAGCAACAUCAGCAACAGUCGCAGCAGCAGGCUCAACACAACCAACAGCAUGCAUCGACGCAGGCGAGUCAGACAAACGGUCCAUCGACGACCCUCCUUCCACUGGCGCCGGCGCCCAGUCCGAUGUCCUUGGGCUCGACCACGUCCAGCCUGAGCCCCCUUUCCAAUAUCUCGAUAGCGUCGCCACCGGCACCACCGCCGGCUGCCAUCACACCGAGACCACAACCUAGCCCCAUAGCAGCGUCCGCGUGUCAAAGGACCGAUGCUCCUGGCAAGGAUAAGAACAGGAAGAAGUCGAAGACCAAAAGUCAACCGAAAACGCGUACCAUCAAGUUCCACGAGUACAAAGGCCCUCCAAACGCGCAAAAGACGUCGGUGUCGUCCACCACUUCCGGUCUCGGUUCGGCGCCUCCCGGUGAGACCAGCUACGAGCUCCUCCUUCAGCAACAGCAGCUCUUCCUGCAAUGGCAGCUCGAAUGGCAGCACAAGUAUCCUCAGAUCAUUCUACCGGCGGCGCAAAAACCAUUGUCCUUGAACAGCAGCGGCGCCAGCGACGCUGGAAGCAUCAGCGGGAGCAGCGUGAAUGCCCCGAGUCCGGCGCCCUCGAAUUCCUCCAAUAACCCCUCGGAACAGCCUCCGUUGAGGCCUCUGGGCAAGUUGGAGGAUAUGAAAGUAAGUGAUCUCAAAGUGGAAUUGAAACGUCGAAAUUUGCCGGUGUCUGGCUCGAAGCCACAGCUGAUCGAACGAUUAAAGCCGUUCACGGAAUCGUCCAGCAGCAAUUCGACGUCCAACUCGAAUGGACCGCACGUGACUCAUAUGGGUCACAUAUUGAUGGACACCCCGGGACCAAUGACGUCCGAUGAGUCUAGUUCGCAUGCCAAGAGUCCUGGUUCCACUGUUAAGGAUGAACCCAACAGUCCACGGAUGGAUUCUCCGCAUGGCAGCGAACACGACGACCCAUCCAGUCCUCCAGGAGACGAAAUUAUCAAAGAGCAGAGAAAGCGAAUAGAAGAGUUGCAGCGAGAGUUGUAUAAAUCUCAGCAACAACUUCAGCAAAUUCGCCAGACCCAGCCGACCACCGUUCACGCUGAGAAACUAGUGCUUCAGCAACACAUACAGAACAAGAUGCAGCAACAACAGCUGGCUUUACAUUUGCAACAGUUGCAGCAUCUCCAACAACAGCAGCAGCAACAUCAACAGCAGCAGCAGCAGCAACAGCAACAACAGAAUCAACAGCAGUCGCAACAGCAAACCCAACAACACGCCACGUUCCAACAACUGAACGCGAAGGCAAGCCUCGCCGCGUUCUUGCAAGCACAACCAAACAACACCACUGCCAUUCUCGACUCGUCGGCUUUGACCGCGAUCAACAACAAGAAGAAUCAGACGAAGAACAGCGCUACUGUACAGAUUCCAGCUGCGAUCGUUUUCAAUCUGCCAAAACCUACGAAAUUGAAUGGUUCUUUGCUGAGUGCGUUGGUAGCGCAGGCGCAAGCUCAACAACAACAGCAGCAACAACAACAGCAGCAGCAGCAGCAGCAAGCUAUUGCGUCUGAGGAGGGCAAACCACCGCCGCCUCAGUACGACGAAGCGGCGAAGCUUCUAAAGGUAAAGAUCGAACCAGUUCAAAAGAGCCACAUCAAAAGUCAAGUCGUAGACGACGUGCUGGAGAUCUUAAUCAAGAACGGCGAGCUACCACCGAGCGCUGCCCAGGACCCAGCCACUCCUACCACACCCAACAGGCAGCUCCAGCAGAACCUGGUGUUCACAGCGCCGGCGGACAGUCAGACCCACUCGUUGGUUUUCACCGCUGCUAGUCCAAUCAGUCCGAUCAGCCCGAUCGCGAUGGAGGUUUCCCAGAGCGAUUGCGUGAGUUCACCGGCACCGGCACCACCGCCACCGCCUCCAUUGCCUUUGGCCACGUUCUCGAUUCAAUUACCCACUGCGUUGCAACAGUUGCAGCAACAGGAGGAGAUCACCUCGUUCAACACGGACCUACUGAACACCGAGGGGGACCUGGACACCGCGAUGCUGCUCAGUCCUCAAUCGACUCAACAGACGUCGCCUGAUCCUCAACCCCCGCAGGAAGUCACCUCGUCGGACAACGCAAACUUAGACCUUAAGGAACUUGAACUAGACCUAGAGACCCUAGAUACAAUGGACUUCAGUCAAUUGGAGUGCGAUCUAGGAGUGAAAAUGGAAGCGCCACAGGAACUGAUGGACAUCGGAGACAUGCCCAUGGACAUGGACGACCCAGAUUGGUUAGACUCUUUAAUGCCACAGUCACCUCCGACCGCUUCCACGACCGUUUCCAAUCAUCAACCACCUCCCACGAGCAUGUCGAGCGGAACGGAUAUAUACGAUCCGUUGUUGGCCAGCAGUCAGGACCCGUUCGAUUUGUUCAACAUGGAGGAUUCCGACUUCAAGAUGUCGUCCGAUUUGUCGCUUACCUGGGACAAAGUCGACUUCGCGACCUAGCCCGAGUUUCCCUCGUGGUGCUCGGCCCUGUGUACUUAAAUCUUGUCAACGGGAAACCGGGAAGACUAAUCGCGAAACGCGGAAAGACGACGGGGCAGAGUCGGCCCACGUGCUACGCGUGUUGUGAUCAAUCUGUGACCCGUUUGGUGCAUUUUAACGAAUCGUUUCGCGGAUACUUGCCUCUGUUCUGUUCUCUGUUAGCAAUUCCAGCCCCUCCCCCGUGGACAUCCCGUGAACACUGAAACGUACUUACGCUUCGCGUAUCGAGCGGAGAGACUUCCGCUUACGAACUAGGAGUAAAAUAGCUGUACAAUUGUCACGAUCGACACUCUAGGUGAGUAAUUGAAACAAAUUAACGCGUCAAGGCGGUGCACAAUCGCGAGAGGACCGUAGCGAUAUAUUCAACUUUUUAAAGGAUUUUUAUUAAAAAAAAAAAAAGGUCACGACGGAUACGUGUACGCUUCGGUCUUUCUCGAUCGGUGAAAAAAAAGCAACGCGCUCUUUCGUUUCACGAGAUCGAUCGCGUUAAUCUCGAGGAUCGUUUCCAUCGAUUAUAGCUAGGAACAAGUAUCUCCUUCAGCUAGAAAUGAUAUCGUUUAUACCGAUCGAUCUAACGUACAGCAAAAGAUGCUACGAGGACUCGAUCGUCCCGGCAACCGGAAAUAAAACGACAACGACGAGAUGUCUUCAAAAUUCUCCAAAGAAUUUCCUUGCGAGCGUUCUUAGCUAGUUUUUACUAUCCAGUCUACAGUGGUGUGUUGCUUGAGUUUUAAUAACUGCGAAUAGCGUGUGUGUUAAACUGGGAAAGAAAAAACGGGAAUGCUGCGUAUAUGUUUUUCUCUCGUGUGCUUCCCCAAGUUUUCCUCUUCCAUACCUCCACUCCUCCCUCCCUCCCUAGCUCCAAAAAACAGAACCAUAUACAACUGUAAUAAUGUAAUCAGGAUUAAUUAUUAUAAUAAUUAUUAUUACCAUUUUACAAGAAUAAUAUAAUAUAAUGUAACGAUUGUAAAACUAUGUAUCUAUGUAUACGUGUAUACAUAUACAUACGUACAUAUAUGCAUAUAUGUAAAAUAAUGAAUACAUGCUGCGUUCGAAAGCCGAGAUUUCGGGAGAAUAGGGGCGGAAAAGAAAUGAUUAGAUGAACGGAAAUGAAAAAUCGGAAGAAGCGUGCUCGACGGCUUUCACGCAGAGCUAUGUAUAAUUUUCUAAGCCAGAGCAUGUGAUGUUAGAGGUUACACAUACAUACUUUUUAAUCAGUUAUAAUCGCAUAGAAAUGGUCGGAAUGGUUGCGAACAAAAAAUUCUACCGAUGUCGGGUUGUCGUGCGGUUCUACUGUUUCUUCGUUUUCCCUUUUACGAAUCUUUUUUUUUUUCUGUUGUUUUUUUGUGACAUUCCAUGUUUUCAAACUCGCACUAGCAAAGAGACCGAAGCUACCGCGUGUACCGCGAGCCGCGCUUCUGUACACUGUACUCGAGCAGCAACAAAAUCGAAAAGAUUCGUCUCAGAAUCUUGAUUGGCCAAAUCGAAAGCAAUAAACGUAACACGUUUACGUUUCAAUAAAAUCCUUAAAGUUACUAAGGCGUUAGUAUGAUAUUUCAAACAAGGUAUAGUUGGUGUAUUUCAUACAACUUUCUCUACGAAAUGUUAAAUGCGGCGAAACGAACAGCGCCUCGCAUUUUUCUGAGACAUUCUUUGCAGAACCAAGUGGCUUCGUACGUCGACGUAACGAGAAAGGAUCGCACUGCCUAAAUCGGUAAUAAAAAGAGAAAAUGGUGAAUGCGUAUUGUGUUACCGAGCGUGGAAUAAAAUACGUGAAAAUGUAUGCGAGUGCGUCGAACGGUAUCAAAGCGUACGUAGCGAUGGACUAUGAAGAACUUCGAAUUUUAUUCAGAGUUCAAAUAAAGUUCGAAGUGAUUCCUAGGCGAGAGAUCUGAAUAUCCAUCGCUACGCGUACGUAAUUAACGACGGUGCUAAUUGAAACCCCAUUAGAAUUAUCAAUCGCCCCUCAAACGCCACCGAUUGAAUCGCAUAAUUUCUCUGCGCGAUAGAUAUCUGCGAUAUUAUUUCAAUUACGAGUAAAUCAAUUUCUAAGUGCAGGGAAUUGUUUGUCGAUUCAAGUAGAUUAGGCGUGAUCCCUUGAUUUCACGAUCGAAAGUGGCAAUUUGGCAAACAAACACAUACCAUCAUCGUUCACCCCAUAUCGCACAAACGAACAGCAAAGGUAUGCAACAUUCCAAACUCUCACACGCAACAGAGAAACAUCCCAUGGGCCUCGGAACACCAUGUUCCCCGUUAGAAAUAAUUUAUUUAAAUUUUCAGCUUUCCACUUGCUAUAUUAUUUUAAAUUAGCUGAUCACUCCCCAAUAACAAUCAAGAUGUUCAAUUCUUAAAUUGAAGCUUUUUGUUUAAUAGUAACGCUAUUGGACAUUGUCCUUUUUUUUUUUUUUUUUUUUUUUGAUUAAUCAUUCGAUUGCAUUAUAUUUGAGACAUCAACGCUUUAAUUUACAGUGUCUUCUGUAAUGUAUCCAUUCAAAAUCCAUGCAUUUAAAAUCGAAAUUGAUUAACCGGAUCACGUAGGUCGCUUUAUAACCACGCUACUAACGCUGCAUUUAAAUCCCCAUCUUGCGAUAGACGAAACCAACAAAUGCACAACGCUUUCGCCGAAAGAAAGAGGGAACAUGGUGGGUGAUCGGGGUAGAAAAUCGUGCCAAAAAUCCCCUUGCCACCGCGUAUCGCUUCAUUAAAGAAAUUUUACCACCCGUUGCCAUGACAAUAAACGUUUUUAAUCGCGUUGUAAAAUAAUGUAUCAUAUGUGAGCGAGAUUCGCGAGUGCUGUCGAUACGACGUCGGUGAGGCGGAUUAGCAUGUACGAAUUUAGGGGACAAUGAAAGAAGAUCUAACGUAAAAGCAAUGGUAGCGAAUCCGCCAAAAGAGAUAAAAAAUACGACGUACGAUCCCUUUAUUUUCUUUUUUUUUUCUUUUUUUGAAUUAUUUCUAAACGUAUCGCAGCAAAAAUCGUUUCUUAGCAUUGCAAUCCUGUAAUUAUUUCACUUUCUUCGAAUCAUGAAAUCUAUUGAUGAUUGAUUUGUCAGGCUGUGCGAAUCUGGUAGUCUGUCGUGAGACGCGUGAAAGUGUCUUUGUUUGUAUAAUAAAACGUAUGAGAGUGUAUCGAAUGCAAAAUAUAUAGAAGAACAUAAAAAACGAACAAGAACAUAUAACGGGAUAGAUGAGAUUUCACGAUGAAAAACUCGUCUGUGUAUAGAGUUUUUCUUCAGAUGUACUUGUAUAACAACGUUACGUGCAAUUGCACUAAAGGCAACACAGGAAAUAAAAUGAAAUAGGUAUGGACACGCGUACACUCACGCGAAGAUACACACACAUACAACAAUCACAUGAACAUAUUUUGUAUGAGCAUGCGAAAAAGAAAAGGUAUAAGUUCUGUUAAGUAUCUAUGAAUUUAUUGUAAUGAUGUACGUUUAAGUAACGAUCACGUAAUUAUUGCUAGAGAGAGUGUUAUUUAUUUUUAUUUGUUGCAAAUUUAUCGAUUGCCUUCCAUUUGAGUAAAUAAAUAAAUCUAAAGUUAUUCGAUAA